AUGCAAGAUUUAAUGUCUGCGCUCUGUCUGGAUGACAGCCCUGAUUGCGACACGGCUUAUCACCGGCAAGUCCGUUUGCUGGCGGCAUUUGUGCCGUCUGGUGGGGUUGCGCCUCCACUCACCAUUGGGGACCUGGGAGGUAUAGUCAAGGCCUUGCCUAACACAGCUCCGGGACUCGAUGGGGUAAGUGCGAGAAUCGUGAGGAAUAUAUGGAUGGCAGCACCAAGGGAACUUCACUUGGUGUAUGCUAAGUGUGUAGUAGAGAGAGUUUUUCCCAAGGUAUGGAAGGACGGAAGACUGAUUGUCAUUCCCAAGGGUAAUGACAAGCCGCUCACCGACGCCAAGGCAUACCGUCCAAUUACGCUCCUCCCUGUUUUGGGAAAAUUGCUAGAACGCGUAAUGCUGAGAUGUGCUCCUGCGAUUAGUCGUGGGAUAUCGGAAUACCAGCAUGGAUUUUCUCCGGGGCGAUCUACGGUAACAUCGCUGCGUGUCUUGCUCAGCACGGCAAAGUAUUCUCGGGCUUGCUACGUGCAGGCAAUCUUUCUUGAUAUCUCCGGCGCCUUCGACAACGCCUGGUGGCCGAUGAUGAUGGUUAAGGCGAAACGAGGUGGUUGUCCACCCAACAUUUACAAAAUGCUGGUGGAUUACUUCACCUCCAGACGUGUCGGCCUUUUCAUCGGUGACCGGGUAGAGUGGAAGACGUCGACCAUGGGAUGUCCUCAAGGCUCCGUGCUGGGCCCUACACUGUGGAACGUAUUGAUGGACAACCUACUCCGACUCCCUCUGCCUGAGGGAGUAGCAAUGACUGCCUAUGCUGAUGAUGUCACUAUUCUCAUUGAAUCACAAACCAGAGCGGGCAUCGAAUCCAGGGCCUGA